AUGGAUUGUGUACAUGCUGUGAUGUUUGGCUCGUUGCUGAUCAUUAAAUUUCCUGCAGUACAGGAUGUCACGGCGUGCGAGUGGGGCAAGUAUGGACAUAACUGUGACCGACUAUGUUCAGAUCACUGUGGACUUCAUCAUGGCAGAAACCUACGACACUGUCAGAAAUAUAGUGGGAAGUGUUCAGAAGGGUGUGUUCGUGGUCGGCAUGGUGACCACUGUGAUCAACUUUGUAGUCAGAACUGCAUCAAGGCCACGUGUAACCAACCCUACGGGGGAUGUACAAUCGGGUGUAUAGAUGGAUACGCUGGAUAUUUCUGUAACAUAACAACAGUUUCUGCAGUACAUGGUGUCCCGGUGUGCGAGUGGGGCAAGUAUGGACACAACUGUGACCGACUAUGUUCAGAUCACUGUGGACUUUACCUUGGCAGAAACCUUCGACCCUGUCACAAAGAUACUGGGACGUGUUUACAAGGGUGUGUUCGUGGUCGGCAUGGUGACCACUGUGAUCAACUUUGUAGCCUGAACUGCAUCAACGCCAUCUGCAACCAAGGCAACGGGGGGUGUACCAUCGGGUGUAUGGAAGGAUACAGUGGAUAUUUCUGUAACAUAACAACAGUUUCUGCAGUACAUGGUGUCCCGGUGUGCGAGUGGGGCAAGUAUGGACACAACUGUGACCGACUAUGUUCAGAUCACUGUGGACUUUACCUUGGCAGAAACCUUCGACCCUGUGACAAAGAUUCUGGGACGUGUUUACAAGGGUGUGUUCGUGGUCGGCAUGGUGACCACUGUGAUCAACUUUGUAGCCCGAACUGCAUCAACGCCAUCUGCAACCAAGGCAACGGGGGGUGUACCAUCGGGUGUAUGGAAGGAUACAUUGGAUAUUUCUGUAACAUAAAAUCGGUGUCCACUACCUACAGACCAUGUGACUGGGGCAGGGUGUGUGAAGGGAUAUGUAAUGACAUGUAUAUAAAGACGUUUUGUCUGAUAGUGUUCUCACUAGCUGUGUCUGUGUUGCAGUGA